CUUCUGAAUGAGGAGGAAGUGGAGAGAAAUGAAACAACACUGAUAAACAGGCCAGGCCGAACGAGGGGCAACUACGUUUACGUGCGUUUGGACCUUAAACUCAGCUGCUCAUUGAUGCGAAUGUUAAAUGCUCAGCUAAUUCGGGUAAUACACUAAAUUCAGCGCUGCUUUCGACAUAGGUUGUUAUAGUUGAGGUCAGAAGAGGGGAAAGGGAGAACAUGUAGGAGUCAUUUCUCUCUUCCUGCCCUCCUCUACUUGCCUCCGAGCGAGGAGAAACAGAAACUGCAGAAGAAACUGAUUGAUUUGACAGCUGUUCAGACAGUUUGUGGCUUCUUCUGUCUCGUCGACGAUGGCGGAUAGCGUUGGGGAGGAGGCCAACGGAUCGGUGGGGAUGGCGCAGGACCACGGAGCGCAGUUCUCCGCGAGUUUGGGUAAUUCUAUACCGGGGCAUUCAUCAGCCUCCUCGCCUCCGGCAGAGACCGGCCUGUCUGUGGUCGCUCCCGGGAUCGCGCAUACCAUCACUCCGGCCGUGGAGAGCGGACUCGGUGUUCUGACCCAUGCGCUCGACUCCACGGUCCCCGUGGCCGUUCCUCCAUCCCUGCCGCCCGGUAUCGGAUCAGGAGUCCCGGCCGGAGCGGGCCUCCUGUCCCAAAUUCACGCCACCUCCUGGGAUCCCACGUUAAGCACCGACUGGGACAACGAAAAGGCGUCUCAGCAGUGUAUUCUCCGGAUAAAAAGAGACAUUAUGUCCAUCUAUAAAGAACCUCCUCCGGGUAUGUUUGUGGUUCCUGAUCCUCACGACAUGACCAAGAUUCAUGCCCUCAUCACCGGCCCCUUCGACACACCAUAUGAGGGUGGCUUCUUCCUCUUCCUGUUCCGCUGUCCCCCUGACUAUCCCAUCCACCCUCCACGCGUCAAACUAAUCACUACAGGGCACAAUACUGUUCGUUUCAACCCCAACUUCUACCGCAACGGCAAAGUUUGCCUGAGCAUCCUCGGCACUUGGACUGGUCCAGCGUGGAGUCCCGCCCAGAGCAUCUCCUCUGUUCUCAUAUCCAUACAGUCCCUAAUGACAGAGAACCCUUACCACAAUGAGCCAGGCUUUGAGCAGGAAAGGCAUCCAGGUGACAGCAAAAACUACAACGAGUGUAUCCGCCACGAAACCAUGCGAGUAGCUGUGUGCGAUAUGCUAGAGGGUAAAGUGCCGUGUCCUGAGGCUUUGUGGAGCGUGAUGGAGAAAUCCUUCCUGGAGUACUAUGAUUUCUAUGAGGGGGUCUGCAAAGAACGUCUGCAUCUCCAAGGGCAGAACAUGCAGGAUCCUUUUGGGGAGAAGAGAGGUCGUUUUGACUACCAAGGUCUGUUGACUCGUCUCAGAGCCAUCCAGAGGCGACUGCGGGAAAAGUGCCCGCCAGAGGACAACGACGGCGACUCUGACUCGGAUACCAGCUCGUCCGGCACCGAUCCGGACAGUCAGGGUAGCUCACAGCCUUAGAGUGCCCUCUAGGGGUGUGAAGCAAACAAAGGUUAGAUCGUUUCCCUUUACCUGCAGCUCCGGACUCCUCAAGCGAGCACAGAUGCAAGAAGAGCUGGAAAAAAAACCCCUGGAGAAUCCGCUCAUGGAGAACAGAGUUAAUUUUUUUUUUUUUUGCUCUUGUGUGCUGGCCAAUGACUGCCUUUUGUUUUGCUGUUUAUUUUUUUCCUUGAUGGAGAAGAGGUUCAGGCAGGAGGGGGAAUGAGGGCCUUGCAUAUAGAUGUAUGUGUGCGUGUGUACAUUUGUAAGUGACAGAGAUGUAUACGCCGGCUCCUCAGCAGGUCACCACAGCCUCUACCUUUUGAGUCCAUGUUUCUCUGUCUCUUGCUGCAUCCAUUGUAGAGCUAAACAGAAAAAAGAAGACAUAUGAAGUCAAAUAAUUCAUAAAGAUAAUAAAAUCACUCCUAAAACAAACCUGUUUACUUGCAAAUGCACACAUUUCUUUUUGUUCCACUGUUUAGUCUAAUCAGAACGUUUGUUUUUCACUAAUGAAAUCAGAGAUACAAAUUCACAAUGAAUUGAACACCACACUUUAAGAGCAAGAAAAACGGAUGCAACUUUAAAGAAAUGUACAUAUAAUUAUAUAGAGAAGUUUUAUUUUAAUGUUCAAUGUUCUUAAAAUGCUAUUGAACUGGUGAAAGUAUCAGCAGCCUGCCAAGCACUAAUGGGAAAGGUUGCCUUUUGAGUGUCGUCGACUCGUUGGAAAUACAGUUUCGUUUGGUGAUCUUAAGUCUGUCUCUAAUCGUGAAGCUGUUGAGUGUCAAAAGAGACAUCUGUUCUUCUGUUGUUGUUCUGGGAAUAAUCCUGAAUUUUCAACAAUGCAGAAACAUACUUUUACAUGCUUUUUGUUGCUUAGACAGCAGUUCCACACCAGCCUCGAUACUGCUACAAAUGUCCUUCUCUUUACCGGGGAUACUGUGGUCACUGGUGUCCUCAUAUGCAACAGGAUUAGGCUGCGUAGUACAGAUUUGGAGAAGAGGAAUGGGAUAAUAUUUAACCAUUUCUUGACACCAUGGUUCUAUCUAUGCUCCAAUUAUAGUUUUCAUGAGAGUGCACCUACAUAUUUUACAACUAUCUAUUGCAAUCCAUCCCUUUAAAUAUAGUUUCCCACAGCAUGAUGAACCAACCAAACUGGCAGCCUUUACUAUUCUGUAUACAUGUACACUUAUAAUGCAUUUUAUCCAUGGAAAAGCAGAUACUCUUGGUUCUCUUUUGAGUGAUUAACCACACACACACAAAAAUCCUUUAGCAAAGUUUUAUUUUCUCAAAUGGGCCCAAGUACAGUUCUGAGGUUUUUGCAUGUGCUAUCAUUUUGAUGCAGUUGAUUUCUCUUAAGCAAUAGAGAAUAUAUUCUGGUCUAGGGCAUCAUAUUUUGAUAAGACAGCACUUGUUAGGUUGCUUGAUCGUUUGACUAUUAAGUCUAUGUGUCUUCUAGAACGCCCUGCAACAGGAAACAGUUCCUUAACUGUGAGUUUGACUUUGUGAUGUACUAAUGCUUUUCCCUUGUUAGCGAAAUGAGAAUGAAUUAUGUAAAUAAUUAAUGUAUCAAUUGCAACUAUAAGAAAAAAUAUAUAUAAAACUGAUUCUGAUUA